UGUGCCAACUUAACUGGUUUUAAAAUAUUCUACGUGCUUAUUUAUGGAACCUUCGUUAUUGGAAUUUGGGAUUUUUUUUAAAGUGUAGGCAAGGCCAGGGUACAGCGUAUCUGGGAUGGUUAAGCCUAUCGGUGUGUUCAAAGCAUAUUCAUAGGCUUAACAGUGGAACAUUAAAAGGUGCAUAAUAUUGUACCUGUCAAUAAUAUUAAUUACUUGGACGGCUAUGAAGAAGCAGUUGUAUAACAUGAUAAUUCAGUGAUACUAGGCAUCCACAAAAACAUGUCUAGAAGUUACAAAGCUUGGAAUAGGAGGAUAUUAAGAUGCGUUCUUGGAGUAAAGGAUGGUUGUGGAUUACAGCGUUGGAUAUACAGGGAUGACAUACGUAGAGGACCGAUACUAAAUACACAAUGAACGCUAUUGUUGCUUUGAUCUCUGCUGUCAGCGUCUUCGCUGUCUCUGCUCUUCACCUUGACUUCACUGGUGAUUGGGCUGCCCAUGGCGGUCUCGUCAAGGGUGUCCACCAUGGUGCCAAGGUUGCUCACUUUGUCGCCGGUGGUGAGGUUGUCGAUGGUCUCAAGUGCGGUGCUCACUUUGCCUGGACUGCUCCAGCUGCUGUCAAGGAAGUCUUGGCCUUCUCUCACUGCAAGGAAGGUGGUCUUGUUUUGUUCCACGUUUCCUUCGCCAAUGGCGCUGAGGCCUUCUUCCAUGUCGUUGGUGGUGUUGCUGAGGAGCUUGCUCACCGUGUCUGGUUCGGAAAGCUCGCCAAGGGUGUCUGCAAGCAUGCUCCAGCCCUUGCUGGCUUGCCACAUCAUGCUGUUUUGGCUGAUUUGGAGCACGUCUUCGCCUAAACAUUUUAACCUUUCAGAUCAAUUGGAGAUUUUUAAAUAAUGUCAUCAUUACUCAGUUUGUUUUCAAACGCUUAAAUUACGCUGUA